AUGGCCGAUGGACUUAACCAAGCUCGCGCCCUGCGAGUGGCGGAGAUCAUCAACGACUACCGCACCCUUCUUAUGCAUAUCACCCAGCAGAGUGUGCAAGCCCCCUCCGAUGACUACAAUGAGGAAGGCUACAAAGUGAUCCGAGACGGGCUGGCUGCUGCGCAAGCUUUGAUGUCGUCCACUUACAACCCUUGCGCGACACCAGCGCAUAACAACGCGGAGAUCGAAAAGGCGGAAUUGCGGAGGGUUAUCCUCGACGCAAGCGCCAGGCGCUUCCAGGCGCAUCGCAUCUACCUGAAGGUGGCAGCCGCCAGACGAUGGGUCCUCAACCGACAGAACAUCCUGCGCGGGCAGCGGCCCGGACCUCAGCACGCGGCUCAACUGAAGAACGCAAGCAACACCUUCCAUGCUGAAUUGGCCCAGGUGACAGAGCAGUACGUGGUUGCUGAUCUCCGUGCAGCCGAUACACGGGCGGGCCAUUGGCUCAAUGAGGACCCUUCUUUGUCCACAAUCCUUCAGUGGAUUCGGUCUCACCCCUGA